AUGGCUACAGCCAUAGUCACAGCGUUUCGCCUGGAUUUGGGAUGUGUUGUGCCACUGUUAUUUUUCCAGUUGGGAGGCUGUGGAAUCCUUGGAGUAGGCAUCUGGCUGGCUGUUACCCAAGGGAACUUUGCCACCCUCUCCUCUUCUUUCCCGUCCCUGUCAGCUGCCAACCUACUGAUCGUUACGGGGACGUUCGUCAUGAUCAUUGGCUUCGUGGGCUGCAUAGGCGCCAUCAAAGAAAACAAGUGCCUCCUGCUGAGUUUUUUUAUCAUGCUGUUAAUUAUAUUUCUGUUGGAGCUCACCGUGGUGAUUCUGUUCUUCGUCUACACUGACAAG